CUACUUUGAUAAGUCAAGAAUUCCACUUUAUCAGUGAAGAAAGUUAUUAAAUUGGUUUUUAUAAUCUUUAUAUGUUGGAUCACUUGUUGUAUUGAUCAGUUACACUGGCUGAAGUAGAUCGUGUAUGUAGUAAGACUACAUUUUCUUUAAAGUAGGGUAAAAUAAUAUGAGAAAAAUAUUGAUGCAAUCUUUUUAUGUAAAAUUUAGUUCCUAACAAUUUUCUUAUUUGACUUGGUGUGCAGUAAAAAGAAAACUUAGUAUAAUUUAGAACUUGAAACAUAAUAAUGAUGAAUUUAAGUAAGAAGUCAGUGCAUCAUGAAUAGGUAUAAAUUUCUUUAUCCAAGACUUCUUGAACUAGUUGGAGAUUCCAGUUGAUUUCAUGUGUGACUUUCUUAAAAGUUAAUGUGGAUCCUACGUUAACUCAAAUCUUGAUGUCUAAUAUCAACAUUAAUGAUAUAACAGUUGUUUACACUUUUUUUCUUUUCAGCUUCAGCUUUCUUGAAUCUUCCAUGUGGGGUUGGAAAAUCAUACUCAGAUAUCCUAAGAAAAGAAGAAAAAUAAAUAUUAACAGCAGAGUAAGUACUCAGAACAAUUAAAAGUAAAACUCAAAAGAGGUUAGAGAGAAAGAAAGGUGGUGACGACUUAUGCCAAUAUAACUUUUCUAUAAAGAGAGAGAAAGAAAUAACAAUAAUUAACAAACAAUGAAAAAGAAAGGUGAACAAGACGCACUAAGUCUAUAAGCUGCUUGAGCACAGAGAGAGAGGAAGGAAGAACCAAAAAAGAACAAAAAAACAAAAGAGAAAAAUGCAGAGAUUAGCACCAUUGAUGGAAGAACCGAUGGAUCAAGAAGAACAAGAAAGAGGAGGAGGAUCAAUCAGAACGAAAUCAUGGAAGAAAUGGAUAAAGACACAACUGCAGUCUAUGAUCAUUCACAAAAAACCAGAUGCAAAGGUUCUUCUCAGUGUUCUUGGAUGCCCUCUCUUCCCUGUCCCUCCUCUCUCCAAGAUGUCUCUCCAACAGGUAUCAUCGUCAGCACAAUACAUCAUACAACAUUUCGCCGCAGCAACGGGAUGCAAGAAACUCGAAAGAGGAAUCAAAAACACUUUCGUAACUGGAAAAAUUACAAUGACUAUGAUGAAUGACCUCAGUGGCUCAGCCACAGUUAAUGCUUCGCCUGUGUCUCAUAAAGGAUGCUUCGUCAUGUGGCAAAUGCUACCAGAAAAGUGGCUCAUCGAGCUGGUCGGUGGCGGUCAUAAGAUUUCAGCCGGAAGUGAUGGAGAAAUUGCUUGGCGUUAUACACCCUGGCUCGGUGAUCACGCUGCUAAAGGCGCUAUACGGCCUUUGCGACGUACUCUACAAGGGUUGGAUCCUCUAACAAUAUCAUCAGUAUUUUCAUCGGCACAAUUUGUUGGAGAGAAAGAAAUCAAUGGAAAGGAUUGCUUCGUUCUCAAGUUAUCAACCGACCAAACUGAUUUAACAAGACGCAGCGACUCUACGGCUGAGAUGAUCAAACAUGUCGCCUUCGGUUACUUCAGCCAGAAAAGUGGCCUUCUACUUUGCCUUGAAGACUCUUCCCUAACUAGGAUUCAGACACCGGGUAGUCUUCCGACAUACUGGGAGACCUCAAUGUCGUCAUGGAUGGAGGAUUACCGAGCAAUCGAAGGUAGUGAAGUGGUGAUUGCACACUCAGGUAGAACGGAUGUGUUGAUAUCAAGAUUUGGAGAGACUCUCAAGGGAGGAAUCUCUGUGACUCGAAUGGAGGAGAGAUGGACCAUAGAUGAUGUUGCAUUUGACGUGCCUGGCCUAUCCAUAGAUUGUUUUAUUCCUCCUAAGGAGAUGAAGAUGGAUUUUCACCACCAAGACGGUCCAAACACGUUUCCAGAGUUAUUAGAUGAGCGGCAAAAAUUGUAAAAUCAAAAACACCACAAGAAUUAGUAUAGAAAGUUGUAUAAGGGUGAUUUUUAAAUCAAAACGCUUAUGGUCAAAACGUUUAUGGUCAGGUGCUCCGUCUGCUGACUAUCUUGACAUACUAAAACCAGCUGCUUUAUCUUCUGAGAUGA